CGUGCCUGUCUCUGCCUGGGGGGUCCCGUAAUCCCAGGAGGGGUCACUCACUGAUUGUCUCUCUGACAUUUCCCUCUCUCUUUCAAGUUUUAGGCUUUGACAUUCAUUAGACCGGCUGACGGUCUCACAGCCAUCAUGAAGCAGCAGGUCUCUGAGUGACUUCCACUCCUGGUAACGUUGGAGCGCCGCAGUGUGCCGGAGAGCGCUUCUUAAUCGAGACAUCGGGAUGUUUUCGAGAAAGAGAAGCUUUACUUUUGGAGCGUAUGGCGGGAAACCAGAAGACCCCGACCUUUGUAGCGGCCAAGUAUUGGGUAACCACAGUGACGAGAUGUCCCACGUACCAACUACUCAAAGCAAGCCUGCCGAUUUGUUUGAAAUGAUCGAGAAAAUGCAGUGCAGCCGUUUAGAGGAUCAGCGAUGUGUCCUGCCCUCACCUCUGAAGAGGAACGAAGCAGACGCGGAGCAUCCGAUACACGGGAUACUAAAACGUGGCCGUCCUUUCCCCCUCCUCGUUUCACCCGCUUCUGGGGGAUAUUGGAUUGAGGGGACCUGUCAUUCUUUGCCUCCCCCUGGAUCCGAUCUCCCAACGUCCAAUGAAAGGCUGCGAAUUCUCCAAUCAGAUCCCACCGCGCGUUUAUAUAGGAAGCACUUCUUGGGUAAGGAACAUCAGAAUUUCUGUGCCCAAGACCCGCGGCUCGGAGCCGUUAUCCUCUCGGCCAGACUGGAGCCAAAAACAGAGAAGCUGCGUCUGAUCCUGAGAACCAAGUACGGCACCAAACAUCGGCUGAUCGACACAUCGAACUUCGACCACUUCCCCAGCGCAGAUGAGAUGGCCCACCUCUUGUGCGAGGAUCUGGCGGUGGAUCGAAUGUUUCCUGUUCUCUACCUGAAGGCAUCUCAGCUCCUUGUGACCUUCGAUGAACACGUCAUCAACAACAACUUCAAGUUUGGUGUCAUUUACCAGAAAGCAGCACAGGUAACAGAAGCAGAGCUUUUUAGCAACACAGAAGAAAGUUCAGGAUUUACCGAGUUCCUUGACUUUCUGGGAGAAAGAAUUAAUCUCCAAAGCUUCAAAGGGUUCCGUGGUGGUCUGGAUGUAUCCCAAGGUCAAACUGGAUCAGAGUCAGUUUACACCACCUUCCGGGGACACGAGAUCAUGUUCCAUGUGUCAACCAAACUUCCCUACACACCUGGGGAUGCCCAGCAGCUGCAGAGAAAGCGUCACAUCGGGAAUGACAUCGUGUCCCUCGUGUACCAGGACGAUGGGGCCGUUUUUUCGCCGGAUAUCGUUACCUCUCACUUUUUGCACUGUUAUAUCGCUGUCCAGCCUGACCUCAGCCCCAGCGGAGACACGCUCUACAAGGUGUCGGUCACAGCCAGGAGCGACGUGCCGAAAUUUAGACCUGCCCUUCCAAACCCUGCUAUCUUUCAAAAGAACCAGCAUUUCCGCGAGCUAUUACUCACCAAGCUGAUUAACGCGGAGGUCAGCUGUUACCGAGCCGAGAGGUUCUCCAAGCUGCAGGAACGCACCCGAGGAGCUCUGAUUGACAGCUUGUAUGAAGAGCUGGUCCUACACAGUCAGAGGGUGUUGGGACCAUUGGAUGAAGGAGCAGGAGGGUCCAUGGGUGAGGGAACUGGAGAUAAACUGGAGAGCACUGGUAGCGGGUUUCUGGAAAAUUUUAAGACCUUUUCUCUUUCCUUACGGAGUCCGCAGAGGUCUCGGGACGCUCUCUCCCGGGCCUGCAGGAGCAGCAGCAUCGCUAUAGAUGAUGAAAAGAGGUGA